CUGGGCAGAAAGUGAAAGUAUGGCACAAGACGAUCAUGCACUAGAGCAGGACAUGGAAAGGGAUUAUGAGAUGGAGCAGGAAGGUAAAGCAAGUCCUGUGGGCAGUGACAGCAGCUCUAUUCCGGAUGAUCUGGGCUCAGAACCAAAGCGGACCUUACCUUUCAGAAAAGGGCCAAACUUUACAAUGGAAAAGUUCCUAGAUCCCUCUCGCCCAUACAAGUGUACAGUCUGCAAAGAGUCCUUCACCCAAAAGAACAUCCUCUUGGUCCACUACAACUCAGUGUCCCAUCUACACAAACUCAAAAAGGUUUUGCAGGAAGCAUCAAGUCCUGUCCCUCAAGAAACCAACAGCAGCACUGACAACAAACCCUACAAGUGCAGCAUUUGUAAUGUUGCCUAUAGCCAAAGUUCCACCUUGGAAAUCCAUAUGAGGUCUGUGCUGCACCAGACAAAGGCAAGGGCUGCAAAACUGGAACCAAGUGGGAAUAUCAGUAGCGGAAAUAGCGUGGUAGGGAAUGUUAACAGCCCCAGCCAAGGAAUGCUAGAAUCUAUGAGCUUACCAGCAGUUAACAGCAAAGAAACACAUUUAGAUGCCAAAGAAUUAAAUAAAAAGCAAGCUUCUGAAUUAAUUUCUGCUCAGCCUACGCAUCACCCACCCCAGUCACCAGCACAACUUCAGAUGCAGCUACAGCAUGAACUGCAACAGCAAGCUGCGUUCUUUCAACCCCAGUUUCUAAACCCAGCUUUUUUGCCUCACUUCCCCAUGACACCAGAAGCCCUGCUGCAGUUUCAGCAGCCUCAGUUCCUUUUCCCAUUCUAUAUACCCGGGACAGAGUUUAGCUUAAGCCCAGACCUAGGCUUGCCUGGUUCUGCCACCUUCGGUAUGCCUGGAAUGGCUGGCAUGACAGGAUCAUUGCUGGAAGACUUGAAACAGCAGAUACAAACUCAACACCAUGUUGGCCAAACCCAGCUACAGAUACUGCAGCAGCAAGCACAACAGUAUCAAUCUACCCAGCCCCAACUUCAGUCCCAAAAACAGCAGCCGCAAAGUAGCAAGCUGAUGAAAGCAGAGCAGAACCCCUUAGUAAGCACAGACUGCCAGCUGAUAAAGGAUAUGCCCUCCUAUAAGGAGUCAGAAGACAUGUCUGAGAAACAAGAGAAGCCAAAGCAAGAGUUUACUAAUGAGAAUGAAGGACUAAAAGAAAACAAAGAUAUGAAGAAGCCCAAAUCCUCAGAAUCAGCCAUCCUGCCGCCCAGAAUAGCUUCUGGGGCAAGGGGGAAUGCAGCCAAGGCUUUGCUGGAGAACUUUGGAUUCGAGUUGGUUAUCCAGUACAAUGAGAACAGACAAAAAGUGCAGAAAAAAAGCAAGAGUGCUGAGGGUGAGAACACUGACAAACUGGAAUGUGGAACCUGCAGUAAGCUGUUUUCCAACAUUCUGAUUCUGAAGAGCCAUCAAGAGCAUGUGCAUGGGCAGUUCUUUCCCUAUGGGGCGCUAGAGAAGUUUGCCCGCCAGUAUCGGGAGGCCUAUGACAAGCUCUAUCCCAUCUCCCCAUCUUCUCCAGAGACACCACCACCUCCGCCGCCUCCUCCUCCGCCACCACCACCUCCUCCUCCUCCAACUCCCUCUCAGCCACCUUCAGUUGGGGCUGGAAAAAUUCAAAACACGACUCCCACUCCCUUGCAGGCCCCACCACCUACACCGCCGCCGCCGCCUCCUCCACCGCCACCGCCUCCUCCUCCACCGCCGCCACCAUCAGCCCCACCUCAAGUCCAGCUUCCCGUUUCGCUCGAUCUCCCGAUUUUCCCUCCCAUUAUGAUGCAGCCAGUGCAGCAUCCUGCCUUGCCUCCUCAGCUUGCCCUCCAGCUGCCACCAAUGGAUACUUUGUCUGCAGACCUUACCCAGCUUUGCCAGCAGCAGCUGGGGCUGGAUCCCAAUUUCCUGCGGCACUCUCAGUUCAAGCGGCCACGCACACGCAUCACGGACGACCAGCUCAAGAUCUUGAGGGCUUACUUUGAUAUCAACAACUCUCCUAGCGAGGAGCAGAUCCAAGAGAUGGCGGAGAAGUCUGGCCUCUCACAGAAAGUCAUCAAACACUGGUUUCGCAACACGCUCUUCAAAGAGCGGCAGAGGAAUAAAGACUCCCCCUACAACUUCAGCAACCCUCCCAUAACGGUGCUGGAAGAUAUCAGGAUAGAUCCUCAACCCUCAGCCGUAGAACCUUACAAGUCCGAUGCAUCGUUCAGCAAGAGAUCCUCUAGGACUCGGUUUACUGACUAUCAGCUUCGUGUCCUCCAAGACUUCUUUGACACGAACGCUUAUCCAAAGGAUGACGAAAUUGAGCAGCUUUCGACCGUGCUGAACCUCCCCACCCGAGUGAUUGUGGUGUGGUUCCAAAACGCGCGGCAGAAAGCUCGCAAAAGCUAUGAGAACCAGGCGGAAGCCAAAGACAAUGAGAAGAGGGAGCUGACCAACGAGCGCUACAUCCGGACUAGUAAUAUGCAGUAUCAGUGCAAGAAGUGCAGCGUGGUUUUUCCCCGCAUCUUUGAUCUGAUCACACACCAGAAAAAGCAGUGCUACAAGGAUGAGGAUGAUGAUGCUCAGGAUGAAAGCCAAACUGAGGACUCCAUGGAUGCCUCUGAUCAAACCAUCUACAAGAACUGCACAGCUUCUGGCCAAAGUGACUCAUCAAAGAACGCAACGGCAGUCACAGCAGCAAGCUCUGGCUCUGGUUCCAGUACUCCUUUGGUUCCGUCACCCAAACCAGAACCUGAGAAAGCUUCUCCCAAACCAGAGUCCACAGAAAAACCAAAACCAAAUGAAAGUGUCUCUAAGCCAGCUGAUACAACUGCCCAAAGCACCAAACCAGCACAGACUGCUCCGGCCAACUCUUCCGAGCCUCAGCCUCCAGCUUCUCAACCACAGCCACAAAAACAAUCACAGAUAGUAGGGAGACCUCCUUCAACAUCCCAGACCACACCCGUUCCUUCCAGCCCUUUACCAAUUUCUAUGACUUCUCUCCAGAACAGUCUACCUCCUCAGCUGUUACAGUACCAAUGCGAUCAGUGUACCGUUGCCUUCCCAACUCUGGAACUUUGGCAGGAGCACCAGCACAUGCAUUUCCUAGCAGCCCAAAACCAGUUUCUUCACUCGCAGUUUUUAGAGAGACCCAUGGAUAUGCCCUAUAUGAUAUUUGACCCCAACAAUCCUCUGAUGACUGGACAGUUACUUAACAGUUCUCUGGCUCAGAUGCCACCACAGACUGGCUCAUCACACACGGCACACCCUUCGACAGUUCCUGGUUCCCUGAAACGAAAACUAGAUGAUAAAGAAGACAACAACUGCAGUGAGAAAGAGGGAGGAAACAGUGGGGAAGAUCAGCACCGUGAUAAACGUUUAAGAACCACAAUUACUCCGGAGCAGCUGGAGAUACUCUAUGAGAAGUACUUACUAGAUUCCAACCCCACCAGAAAGAUGCUAGAUCACAUUGCACGUGAGGUGGGACUGAAGAAGAGGGUUGUGCAAGUCUGGUUUCAGAACACGAGAGCCCGAGAGAGAAAGGGGCAGUUCCGUGCGGUUGGCCCAGCCCAGUCCCACAAGCGAUGCCCUUUUUGUCGAGCUCUCUUUAAAGCAAAGUCCGCUCUGGAAAGCCACAUUCGCUCUCGGCACUGGAACGAGGGCAAGCAAGCCGGUUACAGUUUGCCUCCAAGCCCUUUGAUAUCAACUGAAGAUGGAGGAGAAAGCCCACAAAAGUACAUAUUUUUUGAUUACCCAUCCCUGUCCUUAGCAAAAACGGAACUAUCAAGUGAAAACGAGUUAGCCUCCACUGUAUCCACCCCUGUUAGCAAAACUGCAGAAAUGUCACCCAAGAACCUCUUGAGUCCUUCUUCUUUUAAAGCAGAGUCUAGUGAGGAUAUUGAGAACCUGAAUGCCCCUCCAGCUGACUCUGGGUAUGAUCAAAACAAGACUGACUUUGAUGAGACGUCCUCAAUUAACACGGCAAUCAGUGACGCCACGACAGGAGAUGAGGGGAACAAUGAAAUGGAAAGCACGACCGGCAGCUCAGGGGAUGCCAAACCCGCGUCGCCUCCCAAAGAACCCAAACCGCUCGUGAGCGACGCGCUGCCAAAGGCUGCCACCACCCCCACCGGGGAGAGCACCGAGGACAAGUUUCUCUUCUCCCUCACCAGCCCCUCCAUACAUUUCAGUGAAAAAGAUGGGGACCACGACCAAAGCUUCUACAUCACCGACGACCCUGACGACAACGCUGACCGCAGCGAGACUUCCAGCAUAGCUGAUCCGAGCUCUCCCAACCCCUUUGGAGCCAGCAAUCCUUUCAAAUCCAAGAACAGUGACCGGCCAGGCCACAAACGUUUCCGGACGCAGAUGAGUAACCUCCAGCUGAAAGUUCUCAAGGCUUGCUUUAGUGACUACCGGACUCCAACCAUGCAGGAGUGUGAGAUGCUGGGGAAUGAAAUCGGCCUGCCCAAGCGUGUGGUCCAGGUCUGGUUUCAGAACGCCCGGGCUAAAGAAAAGAAGUUCAAAAUCAACAUUGGGAAGCCAUUCAUGAUAAACCAGACUGGACCCGAUGGGACAAAGCCAGAGUGUUCCCUGUGUGGGGUGAAGUAUUCCGCGCGCUUGUCCAUAAGGGAUCACAUCUUUUCCAAGCAACACAUCACAAAAGUGAGAGAGACUGUGGGAAGUCAGCUGGAUCGGGAGAAAGAUUACUUAGCUCCUACGACAGUCAGACAGCUGAUGGCACAGCAAGAGCUGGAUCGCAUCAAGAAGGCCACCGACGUGCUGGGAUUAACGGUACAACAGCCAGGCAUGAUGGACAGCAGUUCUCUUCACGGCAUCAGUUUGCCAGCAGCUUAUCCCGGACUUCCUGGCCUUCCUCCUGUGCUUCUGCCUGGAAUGAAUGGUCCAUCCUCCUUACCUGGAUUUCCACAAAGUUCAAACACUUUAACAUCUCCUGGUGCAGGCAUGCUUGGGUUUCCUACUU